AGAGCCACCGUACCGACUCACACCGGAGGAGGAAUACAGACUCUCACAACGCGAUUAUGUGGGGAUUUUCGCGCUGUUUGUCCUACUCACGGAGCCGUGUUUCCCACCGUGGAGUGCGCUUCAGCAUGUUUGUGUGUUAAUGAACGCUGUUAUGUUAUUCCACGGGUAGCUGGUGACAUAGCAGGCCUGUUUAUUGCGCUGCCAACCCUUGUUCCUUUCCCGUGUCAAUGAUUGUCCUCUCCUCACUCUCUCAUGGCGGAGACUAAAAUCAUAUAUCACAUAGACGAGGAGGAGACCCCGUAUCUGGUCAAACUGUCUGUUUCUCCGGAGAAAGUCACCUUAGCGGAUUUUAAAAAUGUCCUCAACAAUCGGCCGGUCAACAGCUACAAAUUCUUCUUCAAAUCCAUGGACCAGGAUUUUGGGGUCGUCAAGGAAGAGAUUUCCGAUGACAACGCCAAGCUGCCGUGCUUCAACGGGAGAGUAGUGUCCUGGUUGGUCCUGGCAGAGAGCGCCCACUCCGAUGGAGGAUCUCAGUGCACAGAGAGCCAUCCGGAGCUACCCCCACCCCUCGAGAGAACUGGGGGCAUUGGAGACUCCCGCCCCCCUUCUUUCCAUGCCAAUGCAGUGAGCAGCAGAGACGGCCUGGACACUGAGACGGGGACUGAGUCUCUCCUGAGCCACCGCCGAGAGCGAGAGAGGGAGCGUGCACGCAGGAGAGCCCGAGAAACUGAACUCCCUCGAAUCAACGGUCACUCCAAAUCAGAGCGCACCGCCAGGGACUCGGCCAUGGGCUACGACAGCGCCUCUGUAAUGAGCAGCGAGCUGGAGUCCAGCUCAUUUGUUGACAGCGAGGAGGACGAGGAUGCAAGCAGGCUCAGUAGCUCCACAGAACAGAGUUCUUCCUCACAGCUGAUGCGCAGACACAAACGCCGCAGACGGAGGCACAAAGUGGCCAAAAUAGACCGGUCUUCAUCCUUCAGCAGUAUCACCGACUCCACCAUGAGCCUCAACAUCAUUACCGUCACACUCAACAUGGAGAAAUACAACUUUUUGGGUAUCAGUAUUGUUGGUCAGAGUAACGAUCGGGGAGACGGUGGUAUUUACAUCGGCUCCAUCAUGAAAGGCGGAGCAGUGGCUGCUGAUGGGAGGAUAGAACCUGGAGACAUGUUGCUUCAGGUGAAUGACGUAAACUUUGAGAACAUGAGCAAUGAUGACGCCGUGAGGAUCCUCAGAGAGAUUGUCUCAAAGACUGGUCCUAUUAGUCUUACUGUUGCCAAAUGUUGGGACCCAUCUCCAAGAAGCUACUUCACCAUCCCGCGUGCCGAGCCAGUGAGACCCAUUGACCCUGCAGCCUGGAUUUCCCACACCACUGCCCUGACAGGACCUUACCCACACUACGGUAAAACCACCAGCCUCUCUAUCACACAUCCCUACCCUGGUAUUUAUGAUAACCCAAUGGCAUUUCAACUAUUCACUUCUGCUGGUCAGUGUUUUCUCACGCACUUCUCUCACUCCCCAGAGUUUGAUGACUUGCCUCUGUCUGCCAGUAAAACAGACAUGGCAACCAUUGUGAAGGUGAUGCAGCUGCCUGACUCUGGCCUGGAGAUCAGGGACAGGAUGUGGUUGAAGAUCACCAUCGCUAACGCUGUCAUUGGUGCUGACGUGGUGGACUGGCUUUACUCUCGAGUUGAGGGUUUCAAAGAUCGGAGGGAUGCGAGGAAGUAUGCGAGCAGUCUGCUGAAACACGGCUACCUGAGACACACGGUCAACAAGAUCACCUUCUCUGAGCAGUGUUACUACACGUUUGGAGACCUCUGCCAAAAUAUGGCAUCACUCAAUUUAAAUGAGGGAUCCAGCGGUGGAGGUUCUGAGCAGGACACUCUGGCUCCGCUCCCUCCCACCACCAACCCAUGGCCCCUGGGCGGGCAGCCAUUCCCCUACCCUCCCUUUCCCUCCGCGCCCCCCAGCUUCCCUCCAGGAUACUCAGACCCAUGCCACAGUUUCCACAGUGGGAGUGCCGGCAGCCAGCACAGCGAGGGAAGCCGUAGCAGCGGAUCCAACCCCAGCGCAGGCAAAGGCAAACGCUCCUCCCCUCAGGAGAAAGGUCAAAGAACUUGCAGCGAAUCAGAGCCCCACAUCCGCGGAGGAGGGAGGCGCGGCGACAGAUCCGCCAGCCAAAUGAGCCAUCACAGCCACGCCGUCUCCAGUCACAGUCACGCUCGAUCCAACCUCAGCCACAGUCAGUCCCACCGGAGUCACCCUCACUCGCAGAACAGCCACCCCUCCUUCACCUACAGCCACGCCCCCUUCACACAGACGGGCCCCGGCUCGUGCGCCCACAGCGAGCGGAGCCACGCCUCCUCCUACGGCCCCCCCGGCUUGCCUCCCCCUUAUUGUCUGGCCCGUCUGGCCCCAAAGACCUCGGUCAGCAGCAGCACACCCCCAGGAGCCCCUCCUGGGAGAGAGUUAGCCUCCGUUCCUCCUGAGCUCACCGCCAGUCGGCAGUCUUUUCAGCACGCCAUGGGCAAUCCCUGUGAGUUCUUUGUUGACAUCAUGUGACAGGACAGUGCCUUUAAAACUCAUGGAGCACAAAAAAACAAGAAAAACAUCUCCUUUUUCUUCUCCGUCUUUUGCCUCCAAAAUUCAGAAUGUAGACCCGGACUGGCCCUCCACCCUUUCCCUGCAUUCUCCCUCUCCUUCAUAAGAAAAACAGGCAGCAAAGCACAACAUGAGUGGUCAUCUCACAUACAUGCAGGGGUCCUCUUUGGCUGAAAAUCCCUCUUUUGUAUUGACGUGACGUGUACAGUUUGUGAAAAGUGAGUGCUAUUCGGUGUGGUGAUUCUUUAAAGCUGCCGCGUAGACAUUUCUCGGGAGACCGCACUCUGUCUCUUUUUUUUUUCUUUCUUCUGCAAGACCUUUAAGCUGGCUGGGCCCUGGAUCUCAAUCCCCCAGACCCAGACCGACUUCUACAGCCCGCACUUAGGAACACUUCUCUGGGUCUGGAGCUUGGAGUUGAUCUCCAGACUCAUGUGUGCUGAUUAAAUUUAGCACAUUACGCCAAACCUCUUGCCCCGUCAAGGCUUAUUUAAGCUCUUACCUGCCAACUGCUAAAACUUUGAUCAGUCCACUAUUUGUGGAUUCCUUUGACUUCAUGAGGGAAGCUCUGUAGGCAGCCGACAGUCUAACUAGGCUGCGUAUUGCAUGACUGUCUCAACUGCUUUAAAGAGAAGAAAUGUUAUUAUUACUUUUUGUUUAAAGUAUUACCCUUAUUAGGGGAAAGGGGAUUCCCUCUUGCCAAUGUCCUAAAGGAAGAAUCCGUACACUGGAUGAUUUUUGUGAUGUUAUUUAUGUGAUCAUAUUGCAUUGAUGGUGUCAUACUUUGUCUACGAUGACUUACUGACAGACAAUCAGACAUCACCCUUUGUGAAUCAGUGGCCGAGUCUCCACUGUCCUAUCUGUGCUUUGUCGAAUGUAUCAUUACUCCUGUCAGUGAUGAAACCCUGACGUUCAUAACACAAUCUGAAAAGAAAACUCACAAACAGGAUUGCAAACAGUGGAAAAACACCACGGCUGUAUUAGCAAAUAAAAGGUUGACACGAGAUUGAAGGUAUAAUAUGCGACUUUUGAUGAAGUGGAUUUAGCACGUUCAAAGGUAGUAGGGCCACUGUAAACAAAUAAAGACAUAAAAAGGGUCUAGUAAUUUUGGAGAAAAAGGCCCAGUUUUGGGUUUAAAAGUCAAAAAUUUUGCAUUUAUAAACUUGGAAAUUUCAAGUUUUUGAAGUCAUGAAUUUAUUACUUUAGAAAGUCGUGAUUUUAUGACAAACAAAACUCCAAACACUGGUUGGAUCAGAAUCCUCUCCUGGGUGCGGUCAGUUUGUUGUUUUCUUUUUAAUAGCCUCAUUUUGACAAGUCUCUUCAAAGACUAGAUGCUGAUAAUAAUGUGAUGAUUCUAGGCUAAAUCAUAAAUUUGUCCUUACUGCUCAGUAGCAGUUAAACAAUAAUAUUUUAUAAGUCUUUCAGCUGCAACAGAUUCAUUUCUUCUGGUAUGGUCUCAACUUCAAAUCUCAAAAAAUGCUAACAUUUAAAAUAGUUUUUUCUUGUUAGUGUGCCACAUCUAAAAGUCCCAUUUUUUUCUGUAAAAUGGAUAAAUUUAAGAUAAAAAAAAAAAAAAUUUUCUUGUGAAAUUAUGACA